AAGACUCUCCUCGAUCAGAAAAGUCUUCGCUGGAUCUUCGUGGGCGGCAAGGGUGGAGUGGGCAAAACAACGAGCUCGAGCUCUUUGGCAAUCUUGCUUGCACGUGUCAGACGGUCUGUGCUGGUUAUUUCCACGGACCCUGCGCACAACUUGUCAGACGCUUUUGACCAGAAGCUGACAAAGACUCCGACCUUGAUCAAUGGGUUCGACAACCUGUACGCGAUGGAGAUUGAUCCCUCCUUCGAGGCUGCUGAGGACGUUCUUGGGAUGGGAGCUCAGUCGAGUGGCCUCUUGUCAAGUCUCUCAACCAGCAUCCCGGGGAUCGACGAGGCCAUCAGCUUCGGAGAGCUGUUGCGGCAAGUUCACUCCCUUGAAUACGAUUGUAUCGUCUUCGAUACAGCUCCUACAGGGCACACCCUCCGAUUGCUGUCCUUCCCCACGCUCAUGGAGAAAGCGUUAUCGAAGCUGGUGACGAUGAAGGCUCAGUUUGGCGGAAUGUUUGCUGCAAUGCAGGGAAUGAUGGGAGCGAGCAUGGGGUCCGAUGAAGACAUGUUCAGCAGGCUAGAGAGCAUGAAGCAGCUCAUUGAGGAGGUCAACGUGCAAUUCAAAGAUCCAGAGAAAACAACGUUUGUCUGUGUUUGCAUCGCAGAAUUUCUCUCCCUCUACGAGACCGAGAGGCUCGUACAAGAACUUGCCAAACAAGGAAUGGACACGAGGGUCAUCAUAGUCAACCAGCUCAGGGAGGAGGAGGAGAGGGAGGAAGGGAAGGUGUGCAAGAGUCGGGUAGGAAUUAUGACAUUAGAGCAGAUCGCGGAACUCUACGAAGACUUUCACGUGGUCAAGAUGCCUCUGUUGGAGCACGAGGUGAGGGGAGUGACGGCGCUGGGGGAGUACGGCAAGAGGCUUCUCGAUCCCCACCACUUCGAGGUGUAA